AGUUGUCAAAAUUCCAUUUAAAUUUUAACGAGUAUAUGCAAAUAUACCAAUAUCUAUUAUAACAAAUCGGAGCAACAGCAAUACAAAUUAUACUUAUUCAAGUUUUUGAAGAUCAAGUCGAAAAAUAUCAUUCAUAUUAUUGUAUUAUUGUAUCUUAAAUAAAAAAAAAUUUAUGAUAUUGCUAUUUACAUUUAUAUUUUCUAUACGCACAAAAAUAAUUUCUUAGCAAAGACGAUAUUUUAUACAUAUGUGACAUAUUUUAAUGCAAUUAUGUAUUCACCAUUAUCGCCACAAACUAGUCUCAGUUCAGAAUUGAGAAAGAUCAUAAAUGAAAGAAAUAUGCUGAGUAUGCGGAGCCGUAUGAAAGUUUUACAUGCCUUGAAUGAAGACAAUGAGAGAUAUGCAGAGGAAAGAGAGAGAACUCUAAGAUCACAAGCCAUUCAAGAGAUAUUAACCACAGAAGUUACCUAUUUACAACAAUUGGAGAUUUUGGCAGAGUUUUUUAUACAACCUAUUCUUGAAAGAAAAUUAUUGAAUCAUCCAUUACUUGUCACUCUAUUGGAGAACAUAAAGACAUUAUAUAAUGUGAGUGGUGAAUUAGUGGCAGGAAUAAAAAAUAAUCCCGACAAUAUCACCGAAGUAUUUCACAAACUGGCACCUUUUUUUAAACUGUAUUCCAUUUAUGCUUAUGAUUAUACACAAGUGCUGAAUCUAUUACAGGCAAGUGAAGAGAGUGAUGCUAUAUUUAAAAAAUUUAUUUGUGAUCAAGAAACAAGACCAGAAGUAAGUAGGAAAUUAUCUUCGUUGUUAAUUACUCCAGUGCAAAGAGUACCAAGAUAUCAAUUACUUGUUAAAGAAGUGUUGCAACAUACUCCUUAUAGACACAGAGAGUAUAGAUCUUUACAAGCAUGUUUAGUUGAAAUUGAAAAAUCUGCAAAACAUAUAAAUGCUUUAAUUGCACAGAAUGAAGAAAUGCAAAAAUUGUUAAAUCUUCAAAAAAGCAUUGUUACUUCGAUUAAUCUCGUUAAGCCUGGUAGAAUAUUAAUCAAACAAGGACCAUUGAUGCGUGUUUCAAGACGAGGCAAUUCUGCUUAUAAGAGAUACUUUGUACUUUUAAAUGACACUUUACUAUAUUGUAAAGGCGAGCCAGGAACUUCAUUAAACGUAUCUUGUGUUCUACCAUUAAACAAGUGCAGUGUAACUUGUGUUCUGAGCAAGAAACUGUUUCGUAUAACGUGCUUACAUGAAACGUUCCUAUUAUAUUCAGAAAAUGGCGAUAGCAACGAGUGGAUGCAAUCUAUUGAAAGUGCUAUCAGAAAAUAUAGUGAAUGUAGACAAACCUUAAGAAAGGAAAGUAGCUCAAGAAAACCACUUAGACAUAAGAAUAUUAAUGAAUUUCCAUCAGAUAAUAUAACAAAAAAGUCCAUUAAAAGGAAAAGAUACAUGAGAGAUGAACAGGUAUCAUUGGAUUCUUCCAAUAUUAUAUACUUUAAAAAGGAUAUAGAAGCGGAUGAUGAUAUUUCACAAGAAAACACUUGUUUAUUCUUUUGCACUAAGAAAUUUAAACGAGAUCAGUUUUCUAAAACUAGUGAUAAUGCUCCUCAAGUAAAAAAUAUAAAAUUACAUAAAAAUAUAAACAAACAAUGUGUACCUACGUAUAAAUAUUUAAGAGAAUCAAACAAUUACAGCAAUAAUGAUUUAGCAGCAAUGAGGAUGCACGAAACGAGUUCAAUUGCGUCGAUCAGUGAAGAAAACGUAUCGUCACCAUUUCGGAUACUCGGCGAAUUUUUUACCUACAUCGGUACAUCUAUAAAAGAUCUUUUUACAUUCAGAAUAGCAAUGGAAGGCCCAUUAGAAAUAAAAAACUCUAGUGCAGACACUGGACAGGAAGAGCCUAUUAAAUCUGAAGCUCCUAUACAAAAUCCUGAUAGUAGCGAGCGAAGCGAUGGUGCUACCUCUCCGCCACCAAAUUGCAGCAUUUGCCUAGGAAAAUUAGUUAACACAUCUUUUACGGACAGUUGCCUGCACCAAUUCUGUUUCAAUUGUUUGCUCGAGUGGUCCAAAAUAAAAACAGAAUGUCCUCUAUGCAAGCAAACAUUCAAGUCGAUUAUACACAGUGUGAGAUCGGAGGAAGAUUAUGCUCAAUAUCAUAUACCUCGCGAAUUAGCAUCUCAAAUUUCUCAACCACAAGUUGCUUUGGAUUUCAACUUUGGCAUCGAUGGCAAUUGGGACGUUGUUCCUCGUCGAUUUGUCUACAGGACGACAAUGACUGGCAAUCGCCGGCACGGUGUGCUAUUAAAUCCAGAACAAGUUACAAGACGCGAACAAUUGCCGAGUAUGGCACCUCAAGUGCCUAGAGAGGAGCGCAGACGUAGGCGCGCUAAUCCUACAGAUUAUCGUCGUACCGUUUAUAGGCAUGGUAUAUGGGCUACUUCAUUACCUGACAUAUUUGGACGUUUCCGCGAAUGUAGUGCCGAGUACUACAGAAGACAACCACAAGAAUUAGAUCGCCUUAUACCAUGGAUAAACAGAGAGUUGCAAGUUUUACUCAAUAACGAACCAGGCAUUAUUGCGUAUGCAUUGAGCAUAAUAAUGAAUGCCUUAACUCGAUUUGAUAUUAGAAGUCCUGAAUUUCGAAAUAUUGUACAACCUUUCCUCGCUGCGCAUACAGAUCAUUUUGCACAUGAAUUAUUGAAUUUUGCCCAAACCAACUUUGAUCUAGUUGGAUACGAUCAAUCUGUUACUUAUUUGCCACGUGGUUUGUCAAAUGAAUAUGCAACCCGUAUUAUAUCACCUAUAUCUAGUAGCACUAGUAGCAGCAGCAGUAUUACUUCUGAUAACUCGGAUGUACGAAUACUCGAUGAAGCGAUUGAUUUAAGAGUAAAUACCGAAAUGCCGACAUUGCCCACAAUACCACAUUCUAUCAGCAUACCAGGACCUAGUACAGUCGGGCCUAGUACAGUAUAUCACAGAGUAGAAACACCUUACAAUGUACCAGAACUCUUAAUCGUUUCGUCGAGUUCCUCUGAAUCAGAUGGCGAAUGCGAAAUAAUUGGCUAUGUGAAACCACGUCAUGAAAGAACACCAGAAAUCAUAGAACUACUUUCUUCUGAUUCUGAGCAUUCUGUUUCUCAUAUAAUAUCUAAUGGAAAUACACAAUCGAAUCCAAACAGAACAUGUCCGGAAAAUUUGUCACUACCAAGCACAUCUCACACUGUAAAAGCAUCAUCUAUAUCAUCUUGUUCGACGAGUAGUGAUUCUAAUUCUGACGAUAAUUCAAAACAAAAUAAACGAAAUCAUGCUAGAAAAUCAGGAAAAAAGACAGUCGUACAAAAGUAUAAAAGAUCAUAUGAGACAGAAAAUCGCAAUAAACGAUGCAAAAAGAGAGUAUUCAGUUCUGAUUCUAGCUCAUCCGAAAGUUCAAAGAAUGUAAUGAAAUGUAAUGAAAAACGAUCGAGAAAGACAACAUAUAGAGUACAGGCUAAAGGUGCAGGGAGAAUAAAGCUUAUUAAAAGAGAGGAAAGUUAUUCGGAUGAAGAUUCAUCUAGUAGUGACAGUAGCAGUGCGGAAACUGAUAGUAAAACGAAAAUCACUAAGUGUCGUAGACAACAUAAAUCGAAAAGGAAUCGUUCUCCCAGUGUCGAUCAUGCAGCGAAAAGUGGAAGAACAACAAGAAACAAGGAGAGAACUUUAAUUCUGGAAAAGUUGAAGUCCAAAAACAAAGAUCAAAAGUGUAAUGAAAGCAGACAAUCCAGAUCUAGAAGUAGCAGUGAAUCUUCUAAUGUUUCUGAACGAGAUAAACGGCCAAGUUAUAGGCACCGAGAAUCACGAAACACAAGCGAGUAUGGAAAUCAAGAAGACAGUGCCUCAAUAAAUAAUAAAGAUAUGCCAAGAAAUGAACAUAAGUCUAAAUCAAAAAAGAAAGCAUAUUACUUUGAAUCUUCCGAUUCAGAAGAUGGUCAUUUAAGGUCCAAUAGUCAGUGUAGUAAUAAUUCUAAUAGAUCUUAUCUACGUUGGAGAAAAUCAAAACAUAAAGAAAAACAUAAAGACAAGGAGCGCCACAAGUCCAGGAUAUUCAAUUUAUCGCAAUCGAAUGCAAGUACAAUCUUAACAAUGUCCAUUUCAUCGAAAAAUGACACGUAUCCGACAAAACAUUCCGAUCGUAAUAAUUCCGAUUAUAAAGAAAAACAUUCGCGCAAAGAAUCGAAACAUAGAAAGCCUGAAAAUGAAAAGAAGUCGAGAUCAAAGAAAAAAAAACGACGUAUCCGAUCUUCUUCCGCUUCUAAUUCAGGAUAAUAUUAUUAUAUGCAUCGCGAUUUAUAUUAAUCAAUAUUAACAUUAUGUAAUAAAAAUUUCGAUUUAAGAUAACAUUUGAGUUUUCAUAGUAAAAAAAAUCUAAUAUGUAAUCUAGUUAAUUUCAUGUGAAUGUAGUUUGUAUCUCAUUUUGUUCAUACACAUUAUACAAUCGUAAAUUAUAAAUUUUUAUUCAAGAGUAUAAAUUAACUUCGCGAUUGUCAUACACAUACUACAUACAUACAUACAUAUAUAUAUAUAUAUAUACAAAUUCGUUAUAUUAAACCACAAGUAAUGUUUUAAAAGGAUAUUUAUAAAUGUUAUCUUUUUCUUAAGAAUUAGCAUUCAUAUUUUGAGAUUUUGUUAUAUUUGCUUGCGGUACAAAAAAUAGUUCCAUUCAUUUUAAAAAAAACCAAGCAACAUUCUAAUCAUGAAGAAAUAUGUACAUACUAAAACACAUUGGAAUUUGGAUAUAAAAUACACAAUCAUGUUAUUAUAAUAUUCAUGCAAACAUUAUUGCCAUAUAAUGUAUUAUGCAAGACAUGUUGAAUUAUCACGUUAUCUUUCAUGGGAAUAUAAUUUUGCAGCACUAUAUAUAUAUAUGUGUAAAAUAUGUGCACACAAUUUAUUCUUUAUAUAUACCAUUAUGUUGACAAUUGAAGAAGCAAUUUGUGCAUAUUUUAUUAUAAUAUUGGAAUAUAUGUAAAAUGAUCCAUAUUGAGUUCCAAAGAUUGUAAAUAUGUGUAUUUCAUAAACCAUUAAUUUAAUUAAAAUUUGCAUGUUAAAAUAUGUAUGAUGGGAAUGUGUAUUUAUGAAUUAUUAAAACUGGAAAUUUACAUGUAUUUCUCUUAUGUACAGUAAUGGCUUUUUCUACAGUAUUGGAAUAAUUUUUAUCUAUUUUUUUCUCUGGAAAUAUAAUUGUUUACAAAUUAUUUUCUAUAAAGACAAUUUCUUUAUAUAAAUAUUGAGAAUAUACAUAUAUAUCUUUCAUAGUUGUAUGAUCAUUGCAUUGUAUGAUGAUAAAAUGUUUCAUCAUUAGAGAUUAGUUUUUAAAAAAUAAAUGUACGAGACAAAAUUUUAAUCUUAAAAAACACAAAUCUUACAUUUUGUAAUAUAUCUAAGAUAUAAUUGAUGAGAAGAUACAAAAUAUGAGAUUGUACAAUAAAAUAAAAAUAUCAAUGUGUAUUGUUUAAAAAUUGUAAAUUCUUAUACGAACUUUUACACAUCAGGAUUGUUUGCAAUAUAUAACCUAGAUAAUAAUUAUAUCAACAUGAAAGAUGAUUACCAAUAUAAACAUUGGUAAAAAUAAGUGUGCGCACAGGAUCGUGAAAAGAAUAUAAAAUAAUAUGUGAAUAAUCAAUAUUUUAUCUAUUAUAACAAUGAUAAUAUUUAUAAUUUUAAAACAAAUCACAAUUGUAAAAAAAA